AUGACUCGCUUUUUGGUACCACUUGUAGCCCUGAGCUCGGUUGCUUUGGCCAGCCAGGAUGCGUUUCAGUCGAAGUGCGCCAACUUUGGCGAUCAGAUCGAUAUUCCCAAUGUCAAGGUGAACUUUGCCGAGUAUAUUUCGGGAGGCACCAAUGCGUCUUUGGCAGACAACCCUCCGAGCUGUGGCUACUUGACCCAGGCAGUCUCGGCCGACGUGUGCCGAGUAGCGAUGGCCGUGGCGACCUCCAACAGCAGUGAAAUCACCCUCGAAGCCUGGUUUCCUCGCGAAUACAAGGGUCGUUUCCUCAGCGUCGGCAACGGGGGUGUCUCUGGCUGCAUCCAGUACUAUGACCUUGCCUAUGCAUCCCAACUAGGCUUCGCGACGGUCGGAGCGAACAACGGACACAAUGGCACUUCGGGAAAGCCCUUCUACCGCAAGCCGGAAGUUGUGGAAGAUUAUGCAUACCGAUCCGUUCAUACCGGAGUGGUCGUCGGCAAGGAACUCACGAAGCAGUUCUACGAUGAGGGCUUCAACAAGAGCUACUACCUCGGAUGUUCCACUGGUGGCCGUCAAGGAUGGAAGUCUGUCCAGAAAUACCCCAACGACUUCGACGGUGUAGUUGCUGGUGCACCCGCUAUGAACCUGGUCAAUCUCUUCUCCUGGAGCGCGCAUUUCUAUCCCAUCACGGGCUCUCCGUCUUCGAAAACGUUCCUCUCCACCGAUGAAUGGCAGAUUGUCCACGAUGAGAUCCUGCGCCAAUGCGACUCGAUCGAUGGCGCAAAGGACGGAAUCAUUGAAGACCCUGACCUCUGCCGCCCCAUUCUGGCGACUUUGACUUGUGACCCCAGUGCUUCAAACAAGACUGGCUGUCUCAGCAGUGCGCAAGUCAACACCGCCCAACGGGUCCUGGAGCCCUUCUAUGGAAUCAAUGGCACACUCUUGUACCCGCGCAUGCAGCCGGGAUCCGAGGUGCUGGCGGCACCCAUCAUGUACAGCGGAACUCCCUUUCAAUACAGCCAAGACUGGUACCGCUAUGUGGUGUACAACGACCCAUCCUGGAGUGGUGCAAACUUCACGGUGCGGGAUGCUGCCGUUGCCCUCGCCCAGAACCCGUACAACAUUCAGACCUGGGAUGGUGAUAUUUCCGCAUUCCAAAAGUCUGGCGGAAAGGUGCUCCAUUAUCAUGGGUUGCAAGAUCAGCUGAUCAGCUCUGAGGAUUCCAAGUGGUACUAUUCCCACGUCUCCAACACCAUGCAGCUGCCUCCCUCCAAGCUGGAUGAGUUCUAUCGCUUCUUCCCGAUCAGCGGGAUGGGUCACUGUGGUGGGGGUGAUGGUGCGUAUGGGAUUGGCCAGGGCCUGAAAACAUAUAGCGGUGAUAAACCAGAGGACAAUGUGCUGAUGGCCAUGGUUCAGUGGGUUGAAGAGGGAAAGGCGCCCGAGACUGUUCGGGGAGCCAAGUUCACCAGCGGUGCUGGGUCCAAGGUCGAGUACACGCGCAAGCACUGUCGCUGGCCUCAACACAAUGUUUUCAAGGGCCCUGGAAACUACACUGACGAGAAUGCUUGGCAGUGCGUUUGA